AUGACGGAACCCUUAUACGCCUCCAACGGCCAGCGGUACCAGAACUCCAAGCGGUCCCCCCAGCGUCAACUAUCCCACGUAUUCGAAUCCCUCUCGGCGCCGGCGUACUACACGACCCUCCCUGCGCUCCUCUCAACCUACGCCGCCAACCUUCCCACCGCGCUCGUCAUCGACUCGGGCUUCGCCGGCACCGCCACCGUGCCGAUCUACGAACACACCCCGAUCCGCUGCCGUGCCCGCCGCAACGAAAUCAGCGGCCAGGCGAUUGACGACUGGCUCCAGCUGGCUCUGGUCAGAGAAGCCGGGCUCGAACAGCAGUCUACCAACGUGUGGGAGGACGUCAUUCGGCUAUUUAAGUUUGAGCGGUGCCUCGUCGCGGGCGAUUUCGAGAAGGAGUUGAAAGAAUGGACGAGGCGUGAGGAAGCUGGGGAGGGCGAAACGUGGGAGUUGCCCGAUGGAAGGAGAGUGCGGCUCGACCGCCCGCUGGGUCUAUGGGCAGGGGAAGUAUUGCUUAAUCCCGGGAUCCUGGGGCUCGACACCGGCGGUUUGCAACACGAUGCUUUCAACGUCGUAAGGAGAUGCGACAAGGCUCUACGGGAGGGGUUGCUGGAGGGAAUUCCAUGUUUGCUGGUUUCGGCGACAGACUGA